AUGGUGCAUUCAGUUGAGUCAAGUGUCGAUGAAAAUGACUCGUCAUUUGUUAGUUCUGUCAGUUUAAAACCAUCCGUCAGUGAUUGUACUCUUUAUAAAAUAGGUCUUUUUCCAACAGAUCUGAAGGUUGAUAAACGACUCAACAACACAGAGUAUCAUUCUCCAAAGGAAGAAAUAAAGGUCAGCAGGAAGCAUAUGGAGUCCAGGUUAUACUGUGGGAUCCCCAAUGCGACCACGGUGGACGAUCUGGAGGCAGAGGAGCGAGGACGGAGCAGCCGAGUCAAGAGAGUGGUGGGAGGAGUCCCAGCAAACCCGACUCAGAUCCAGUGGCAGGUCGCUCUGGAGGAAAGAGGGAAGAUUGAUUGUGGGGGCGCUUAUAUCGGAGGAUGCUGGGUAAUCACCGCUGCUCACUGCGUCAGGCCCAACCCGUCUGCAUUCAAAGUGAAGUUUUCUCUCUGGAAGAAGUCUCGCGCUCAGGACACGACCGACAUCGUUCCCGUCGAGGAGAUUCACAUCCACCCAAUGUACAACGCCAGCACGUACCAGAACGACAUCGCUCUGGUGCAGCUGGAGAAGCUUCCCUUCAAAGAGGAGUGUCUGGUGGAUAACCCGGCCGUCAGCGCCGUCUGCGUUCCUUGGACAACACACCUGUUCCAGCCCAACCACACCUGCAGCAUCUCCGGGUGGGGGCGGACUGCAGACGGCCGAGCAGCUCAGGUUUUACAGUGGGCCAACGUGUCCCUCAUCGAUGACUGUCAGGGAUUUUACAAAGAUCGCUUCAAACCGGGCAUGAUGUGUGCAGGUGAUCUGGACGGCAGUGUGGACUCGUGUCAGGGGGACGGCGGGGGUCCUCUGGUCUGUGAGGAUGAACUCGGGGUGUCUUACCUCUGGGGCAUCGUGAGCUGGAGGGAGAGGUGUGGGCAGCCCGGUUUGCCCGGUGUUUAUACACAGGUGGCUCAUUACUUUGAGUGGAUCAGACUUCACACCGGCUGGCCUGCAGUCACCAGGUUUAACUCCUGAUGAACACACUGAUCACAUCACAAAUUAAUCAAAUUACACCUAGAAAACAUGUUUUCAGAAUAUUAAAUCUAGAAAAUCUGUCUAAUCCAUUCCUGCAGCUGAUGGUACUUUUUUUUACUUGUUGUCACUUAAUAAAGGUGAACACGCCCACAAUGUGUCUGGAUGUGUGAUAAAUCAGGAGGGGGAAGCAGAAUACGACUUUUAAAAAUGUGAUUUAUUUUUUCUUUGUUUUGAAUAAAAAAGCAGACGACCAUUAAAAUGAGAGUGAUAAACAUUUUUCAAAAACAGGAAGACAAAUGUGCAAAAAAAACAUUCACACGAGACGAUGUUACACACGGAGACCACGGACAUGAGGACGGUGAGAUGGAGAUGGAGGACGAUGGUCGUCGUCGACCGGCUGUCCUGCUGUGUGGUUGAUUUAACAGCGAGAAAC